CUAAGUUGAUUGUAGUCACAGGAAUAUUGGAGUGUGGAUGGAGUAGAUAGAGCCAUAGAGGUCUAUUUUUAUCCAACAUCUUUCUUGUGUGUGUGUGUGUAUAUAUAGAGAGAGAGAGUGAGUGUGUGUGAGAGAGAAAGAGCGGGUAAAUGGGAAGAUCGUUUGUGUACGUGAUACUUGGUGGAGGAGUGGCUGCCGGUUAUGCAGCUCUUGAGUUCGCCAACAAAGGUGUCGCUCAUGGUGAACUCUGCAUCAUCUCCGAUGAACCUGUGGCUCCUUAUGAAAGACCUGCACUCAGCAAAGGCUUUCUACUCCCAGAAGCUCCUGCACGUCUACCUGCAUUUCACACGUGUGUAGGCGUCAAUGAAGAGAGGUUAACACCUAAGUGGUACAAGGAACAUGGAAUUGAACUGAUUCUUGAUACUCGGGUAACGUCUGCUGAUGUAAGACGUAAGACACUUGUAACUGCAGCAGGAGAAACAAUCAGCUAUAAAUUUCUUAUCAUUGCAACAGGUGCUCGGGCUUUUAAGCUUGAAGAGUUUGGUGUAAGCGGAUCAGACGCUGAAAAUGUAUGUCAUCUGCGUGAUUUGGCCGAUGCAACCAGGCUUGUGGACCUGAUGCAAGCCUCUACUGGCGGUAAUGCGGUGGUUAUUGGUGGUGGCUACAUUGGAAUGGAGGUUGCUGCAUCCUUGGUCAUAAAUAAGAUUAAUGUUACCAUGGUGUUUCCUGAGCCACACUGCAUACCCCGUUUAUUCACCCCAAAGAUUGCAAGUUUUUAUGAAGAGUUUUAUAAAUCAAAGGGUGUAAAUUUUGUCAAAGGCACAGUUUUGUCAUCGUUUGUUAUCAAUCCUGAGGGGAAGGUUAUUGGAGUUAAUCUGAAGGAUGGAAGCUAUCUUCCUGCUGACUUGGUGGUCGUAGGAAUUGGAAUCCGUCGAAACACAAGUCUAUUCGAAGGCCAACUCACUCUAGAGAAAGGAGGAAUCAAAGUAAACAGCAUGUUGCAAACGAGCAACAGCUCGGUGUAUGCAGUUGGUGACGUGGCAUCAUUUCCGGUAAAGGCUUUUGGUGAAAUCCGACGGCUUGAACACGUUGAUGCUGCUAGAAAAUCAGCUCGCCAUGCUGUCUCUGCGAUAAUGGAACCAGAUACUACACCAGAAUUCGAUUACCUGCCAUUCUUCUAUUCCAGGGCAUUCUUGUUUUCGUGGCAGUUUUAUGGAGAAAAUUUGGGAGAAGCCGUUUAUUUCGGAGAUUUUUCAGGAACUAGUUUUGGUGCAUACUGGGUCCACAAUGGUCAUCUAGUAGGAUCUUUUCUCGAAGGUGGAAGUAAAGAAGAGUAUGAGGCGCUAGCCAAAGCGACGAGGCUUAGACCGGCGAUUGAUGAUAUGAGUGACCUCGAGCGGCAGGGUCUAAGGUUUGUGGUGACACUGAGCCAGAAACAACCGGUGCUGCCUAUAGUGGAUGUGGGGAGUUCGACAUCACUUGUUGUUUUAGAAAAACCGGAGUACCCUUGGCAUGCAGCUGCAGGGGUGGUGGCAGCGGCUUCGAUAGCUGCAUUUGCUUAUUGGUAUGGAAGAAGACGCCGGCGAUGGUGAGAGUUGCGGGUUGAUUAUUUUCACGAUGAAUACACACCCCCUAAAAUUUGUUAUUAAAAUCAACUUAUUGAGUCCAAGUUUAGUGCCUAUACCCUUGUUGUGCAAUUUCAGUAGGAGGUUUGGACAACACGAAUACUCAUGUGCUAUGACAGUAAGACUUGUAUACAUAACAUAAUCAAAAUAUUCUAUCAUGUAUAGCAUAUGUGUUCAUGUAAAAGGAUAUUUAAUUUCUGUAAAUUAGUAUCUUUGUUAUGGUUUCAUAUAAAAAGUUCUUUUUCUUGUAA